AAAUUGAUCUCUUUGCACUUCCCUGUUUGGCGUCGGCGAGGAUCGCAGAGAUCUCGGCUCCGCAUUCAGCCUGAUUGUGAGAUUUAAGCCGUUCGGCGAAUUGACAGUUUUUGACCAAGGGGUGGGAUAGAAAGGAUGUCCCCGCACUUGGAGAAAGACACAAUUUUGAACAUCGUCUUGAAAUUCAUCGGAGAUGGCAGCUUAAAAAAAACUCGCGUGAAACCGGUCGUUCUUUCAUCACCUUUCAUGAGGUUAGGUUAUGAAGAAUGAAGGCAAAUCUCCUAGACUUGAUCGCUGGAAUUGCGCCCCAUGAAACAUAUCAAGCUUACUCCGCAUCCAUGCCCAGAUCAAUCGAGUGAAACAUAUCAAUAUUUCCAUACCGAUGGAUUCACGCCAUGGAAUGGAGAAAGAAGUUGCCAAAUUUGGAGAGCGAUGGACCAAACAUCUCUCUUCUUGAAAUGUGGAUAAAGUGGUUCGCAGUGAUGUAGAGGUAUAUAUUUUACAAGUGGUCUGACUCCAACCUGGUCUCAGAAGAAGAAUUGGUUCUCAAACUGCUACAUACGUAACUCAUAUUCGGUAAGGAAAUUCGAUGAUCUGAGUUGCAAGGACCACACAACUACGCGAAGGACAAUUGAGGGACACGAUGCCGCCUGAUUUGAAUGCCGAUGAUUACUGCCUCGCCACGCAUGAGGCAUGGCAAUUUGCGGCGAGGCAGAUGCGGACCGAGGAAAUGGUGCUCUUUGUCAAUACGAAAGAUUCGGAAGAAAGUUAUCCUUAUUUCAGAAACGAACGGCACCUCAAGUACCGAGUGCCGCCGUUUAUCCAUCCUCAAGCUCCAAGCACCGUCAGCGCCGCUUUUGGCAAUUUCAUGUACUCCAAACUAGUGCGCACACUGAGUUCUCCUAUGUUGAUUGUCCGACAAAGGUCAGUUGCCUGGGCAGUGGAGCUUCUGUCAGUCGGGGAGAACCGUGCGCGCUGUGUUGCAGCUGGGUUUGUCCCGAUUUUGGCAGGCAUGUUGAGGGAGAAGGAUUAUUUCAUACGAGAGAAUUUGGCUUUGUGCUUUAAACACUUAGCGGAAGCUGGUCAGGCUGUUUGUGGAUUACUCUGCGAGAUGGAUGUAGUGAAAGGCCUGGUUAACAUGGUCGCGAGUCAGAAUAAAACUUUGAGGAAAAACGCAUUUGAAGCCCUUGAAGCUCUGGCUCAAAUGUCCCACUUGGUUAGGUUUGAGCUAGUGAAGGAAGGAACGGUGUUGAAAUUUUUGUUGAUGGUAAUCAACGACGAGACAGAUCAGUGGAUAAGGCAAACUGGCCUUGAAGUUCUCUCCAAGUGCAUAUCGGGAGGAAACUACAAUGUGCAGGCUUUAGAAGAACUGCUGGCAGUGAAUUCUGUUCCAACGGCUAUCCGUUUUAUCCAAAGUCCUUGGAGAAAUUUGCAGGAGUCUGCUUGUCGGUUCUUGUGUUUAUUAUGCAUGCAUAAUACUGGAAAAACACAAGCAGUUGAAUGUAGAGCGGUCGAAAAACUAAUCCAUUUACUAAACGACAUCGAACCACGUGUGCAAGCUCUUGCAUGUGCAGCGCUUUGCUGCAUAACUAUAGACAUCCAAGGCAAGAAGGACUUCGUUAUGAUCAAGGGAAUCCCUAUUAUUUUGAAGCUACUGGAUCUUACGGAUGAGCAACUAUGCCUUUUUGACAUUGCGUUGCUGUUAAAUGUUGCUGAGUAUCCUGUCGCGAGGAAAGAGCUAUUCCAAGAUGGACUUGUUGCGCUGAGAGAGAUAAUCAAGACAUCAACAUCUCCUUUGAUGAAGAAGCGCGCCAAACAAGGGUUACAACAAUUACACUUUGAUCAUCUACCUCAUCAAUUUCCCUACGACAAAAUGGACAAAAUCUACCUUCGUGGAACACCAAAGCCUACUAGGAGUCUGCAAGACUCAUACCCCCCGACUCAGAGCCCCAGCCCACCUUCCAAGUCACCCUCAUACUCAACGAAACCAUCAACAUCUUCUUCACCAGUAUCUAUAUUGAAGCGCCCUACAUCUCCAGGAAAGCGCCAAUGAGAUGACCAAAGGUCAUGAAGCGAGGCUCUCAAUGACAUCACAGUUCUGAUGUUAUCACCUGAGUAUUAGUAAGUUGCGAGAACUAGGAGAGAAGCUUCAAGCCUUGUGUUCAUAUAGUUUGAGCACUGAGAUCCAAAACUGAGUUCUGAAAUAGCUUCAGUUACAUGCAGGUGAUUUGUGUCCCAAUGUAAGUUUUGGACCCUUAGUUUUCAUGUCUGCACCCAGAACGGUAGAUUGAAUGAAAUCACGACAUAACGUGCUCCACAGUGCUCGUGAUGAGGUACCGUUGAGGCUCUUAAGUACGAUCAGACCUUAGAUCUUACUUCAUCAUUACUUCUUUGGAAAGGCAUUACACAUUUCUUCAGAGGCUUUACUCGUAAGGAGUUCGGAACAGACUUAAUAAAGUACAAUGAGUAUUUUAUAUAAAUCUGUGUUGUAUUAGGGUCAACAGUAGCAAAGCAAAGUGCUCUAUCUCAGAUUUCCAAAUGCUUUAUAUAAAUAGCUAAGGUUGUUCUCACUUGUAUCCAUAAUAAC